AUGUUGCUCCGUUGGUUGUUACUCGCAAUCGCCCAUGGUGUCUGGGCCAACUCCGAGGAUGAGCUGUGUGUGACAGCUGUCUACACGGCAUACAACUACAUAUCCUUUGCUGGAGCUCCCACAACAGGCAAAGGAAGAUGGGAAUUGCAAUGCCGGGAUCCGCUCAAAGUCGCAUCGAUAUACGCUGCAUCCGAAAUAUAUUGCAAUGAGCGGGAACGGGCGGUCGGCCUGACGCAGCUGGCUGAGGAGUGCCAAGAAUUUGGGAACCUAGAGCUGUUGCCGAGAGAAGCCGUUGCUGAAAAUCUAACAGAGGAUGCAAUAAGGAAUAUGAAAAGGGUUGAUUAUCAAGAGUUGUCCCGAGGCGAACCGGCGGAUGCGCCUGUCCUUCUUUCUGCGACUUACUUUGACCUAAUGUUCCAUACACUCCAAUCUUGGGAAUUUGAAACUUGGUCACAUCAUGCAUUUGGUUAUGUUGGCUACGCAUAUUGGGGCGGCAUACUAUCACUGGGGAUGGCCUAUCGCCUGAGUGAUUGGUUAUUUCACCGCCGACAACGCCGUGCAGAACGUGCACUCGAAUCCAAUGUGUAUCCUCUCAUAAGGUUGUUAGAAAAUAUCCCAUGGGUGGGGACAUGUCUUCACUGGAUCCAGACUCAUUUGAUGAUUCCGGCGCCUUUAGCAACGACACAUGGUCGACACCUGCUAGGCUUCACAUUCUCCACCAGAGUUGAGGCGCUUAUAGUUGUGGGAUUUUGGAUGAUCAGCAUCGUAUUGAGUGUCGUGGGGUAUCACACUUUCCCUGGAAAUAUUUACUGGCCUGAUGUCCCGAGCCAGAUUCUACGUUAUUCUGCAGACCGAACUGGGAUCAUGUCAUUUGCGAAUUUGCCUCUUUUAUGGCUCUUUGGGGGACGAAAUAAUAUUUUCCUGUGGGCCACUGGAUGGAGCUUUGCAUCGUUCAAUAUAUUCCAUCGUCAUGUGGCCCGGGUGGCUACGGUACAGGCAAUAGUGCACUCUAUCCUUUACGUUGUCAUAUUCAUCCAAACGGGCAAAGCUUGGAGGGGGAUAUCCAAGACCUAUGUUUUAUGGGGUAUUUUGGGCACAUUUGUGAUGAUUCUGGUGUUGAUCACCUCAUUGGAUCGGAUUCGCAUUGCGACAUAUGAGCUCUUCUUGAUUGCUCAUGUCGUGCUUUCAGUUCUCACUCUUGUAGCGUGCUUUUACCACACGGUUGUAUUUGAAGGCAACGAAUACUGGAAGUACCUGUGGCCCUCGGUAGCGAUAUGGGUUAUUGAUCGCUUCCUUCGAAUUGUGCGGUUGUGUUAUUGCAACCUUCACGUGAGUAGUUCAAACAGAAGACUUCUGAAGGUCUCUGUGAGCCGCAUGGUUUACGACGAAACGGCCGACGUGGUGCGGUUGGAGGUCACACCAGGGAUACCCUCGCUACAACCUUCACCAGGACAGUACUACUUUUUAUACCAGCCAUUCCGGCUUACCGGCUGGGAGAGCCAUCCAUUUACCAUUGGAGCUUGGUCUUACGAAAUAGGGGACUGCACGUCAUUGGUACCAAAAUCCGAGGGAAAGCCGAUCAACUCGGUCGAUGUUUCGCAUGUGCCACUUCUUGCAGGCGGUGCCUCCGACCGAGAUUACCAAGGCAACUCAGAAAGUGUCUCUCCGCGUGAAGAAGAAUUGAAGUUGAAAUUGACUUUCUGGGUGCGCCCGUAUGACGGUUGGACCAAACAGUUGCGUCAGCAAUGUCUGAGCUCACCAGACCGAACAAGCGAAACAACCAUUCUUCUUGAAGGCCCUUAUGGAGAAACAUUUCCACUGUGGAGGUAUGAAUCAGUCUUGAUCAUCGUCGGUGGGACGGGAAUAGCGUCGGCUGUGCCCUAUAUUCAAGAUCACCUCCGCCGGUCUGUUGAAGACUGGGACGGAAGGCUUGAAGAUGAGAAAACAAGAGUAAGAGACAUGGAGCUUGUUUGGACCACCAAACAGGCGGCAUUCAUUCAAGAUGUCUCUCGAAGGGAAUUGAAACAUGCCCUCAAACGAGCGGACUUCAAUGCCUCCUUCUACGCUACGCGUGAUUCCACCGCAGUCGCCGAGGAUCCUACUGAUUUUGGCGUCGAUAUUCAGUCAGGUCGACCCCACCUCCAAUCCCUGAUUAUGAGCCGGGCCUGCGAUGCAUGUUCAGCUGGUACAAGUCUUGCGAUCCUCGUAUGUGGCCCAUCAAUAAUGGCGGAUGAAGCACGCGCCGCCACACAUCUUGCGAUGCGACAAGGCUACCACUCUAUUAAAUUUGUAGAGGAGUCUUUUACGUGGUAG